CAGCUGCCCCUCUGCACAAAACUUCAGUAAGAGGAACAGAAGAAAAGAAAUUACCUACUCUCUCCACCUGAACCUGGAGCUUCGAGGAUUUCAAUUAUCCCAAUCACAGCCUUGCCUGCAACCAUGUGGCUCUACCUGGCUGUCCUAAUGGGACUUUACUUCCUCCUCCGAUGGUACAGGGAGAGACAGACAGUAGAGAACCUAAGAGAUAAAUAUGUCUUCAUCACCGGCUGUGACUCUGGAUUUGGGAACAAGCUUGCCAAGCAGUUGGAUACCCAGGGCUUGCGGGUGUUGGCUGCUUGCUUCACCCAGGAAGGGGCAGAAGAACUGGAGAGGCUGACAUCCGAUCGGCUGAAAGUCACCAUCUUGGACGUCAGCAGCACAGAGAGUGUGAAUGCAGCAACCAAAUGGGUGAAAAGAAUUGUGGGGAGCAAAGGGCUCUGGGGCUUGGUCAACAAUGCUGGUAUAGGUUUUCCUGUAGCACCCAAUGAGUGGCUGACCAAGGAUGACUUUACAAAGGUGAUCAAUGUCAACCUGCUUGGGCUGAUUGACGUGACGUUGCAUUUGCUGCCCCUGGUGAGAGCAGCCAGAGGAAGGGUUGUCAAUGUGGCCAGUUCCGUGGGAAGAGUGACAGUCACUGGAGGAGGUUACAGUCCAUCCAAGUAUGGUGUGGAAGCCUUCUCGGACAGCCUGAGGCGAGAGCUCCUUCCUUUUGGAGUCCGGGUCAGCAUUAUUGAGCCUGGUGCUUUCGCUAAUUCCAUUAUACUCACAGCAAUGGAAAACAUAAAGAGUACAUGGGACCGGGUAUCUUCUGAUGUCAAAGAGAUCUACGGGCAGCAAUACUUUAAUUCCUAUUUUAAAGUUUUACAAGAUGUUAAUAAAAGUGCCAACCCCAACCUCUACCUGGUCACUGACUGCAUGGAGCAUGCCCUAACAUCCCGGUAUCCACGCACACGCUACUCUGCAGGCUGGGAUGCAAAGUUCUUCUACAUUCCUCUGUCUUACAUGCCGACCUUUCUAGCAGAUUGUAUGUUGGCCCGCUUUGCCCCAAAGCCAGCACUGGCAGUGUAGUGCCUGUGGUAGAAAGAGCUUUAUGGUCAUAUGAGGCAACCAUUAAGCAGUGUGAAUGGGGCCUAACUUCAGUUGUAUCCUUUAGUGACCUACCAAAAAGUUUCACUAGGUAUCUAUUAGGAAAACUGGUAGAUUUUUCAUUGAUUCAGUACUAUAGGUUCCACAUUCACAUGUUUUAAUAUGUGUAUUCUACAGAGUGUUUUUAAAUGAUUAUGUGCUUUGAUUAUUUGUUUUAGCAAUGCCAUGAGAAGAAGUGGGUAAAAAUAAAAUAAUAAUAAUAAUAGUAAUUAUUAUUAUUAUUAUUAUUAUUAUUAUUAUUAUUAUUCCUACUGAUUUCAUUUUCCCUCUCUUCUGCAUCCUUUACUUCCCUUUGAGUGUAUUUGAAAAUGAGGAGAUUCUCUACGAUUCCCUGCUUUUUCUGCCAUGGAGUCACAUGAAUGAUCCCAGCAGCAUGUGUUGAUCAGUUAGAUUGUAUGUGUUGUUGAAGUGAGUUUUCCAGGCUGUGUGGCCAUGUUCCAGAAGUGUUCUCUCCUAACGUUUUUCCCACAUCUAUGGCAAGGCCAUUAAAUGCUAAUCAAGGUGGCCAAUUGCACCAUUCACACUUGCCUCAGGCAGACAAGAGUUCUUUCUCCCACCCUGGACCUUCCACAGAUAUAUAAACCCCACUUGCCUAGUUUCCAGCAAAACUCACAACAACUCAGUUAGAUUGUACUUGUGUAAGUAUAUCUUCCUAUCCUUCCUUGUAAUCGAUUCAUGUAUUUGCAUCUAUAUAAUACAGCAUUUCUCUCCAAUUUGGCUUUGAACUAUAGUUUCUUCCCUUUCCCCAUCCAGCCUUAACUCUCUCAUCUGUAUAUUUGAAAAUUGCGUCCUUUUCCAUUAUUACUUUAGUUUGAUAUGCUUGGAAUAAGUACAAAUGCAUAGCAUUUUAUGGGACUUGAUCUAUGGAUAAAUAGAUGCCACUGGAGUAUGCAAGGGAAUAAAAUGUCAUGCUUGUUCAUGCAUCUUGUUUAAGAUAGGAGAAAGAUAUUAGUGUUUUGAUCAUAAUGUUCAGUUCCAAAAAAGCUGAAUAAUUAGCUGCCUGACAUAAGGAGGCUCUGACAAAAAAAGAUUUCUAAACACUAUGGAAAUCAGGCCAAGAAAAAUAAAGGCAAGAAUUGUGUGCAUUCUUUGCCCAGUAUGUCCUUAAUAUAGACUAUAAGCAUACAUGAAAACUCUAAAGGUAAAGGUUUUCCCCUGACGUUAAGUCCAGUCAUGACCGACUCUGGGAGUUGGGUUUUUCAUCUCCAUUUCUAAGCCGAAGAGCCGGCGUUGUCCAAGGUCAUGUGGCCAGCAUGACUGCAUGGAGCGCCGUUACCUUCCCGCCAGAGCGGUACCUAUUUAUCUACUAACAUUUGCAUGUUUGCGAACUGCUAGGUUGGCAGGAGCUGGGUCAAGCAGCAGGCGCUCAAUCCGCUCCCGGGAUUUGAACCUGGGACCUUUCGGUCUGCAAGUUCAGCAGCUCAGCGCUUUAACACACUGCACCACAAAAACUCUAUCUGCUCAUAAUCUAGAAAAUAGAUAAUAAACUCUUGAAUAGAUUUUAGGAGGGGCAGGACAUCUUGAGUCUUUCAGCCAUGGCGUUUUGGUCAUGACUGAGAGUGAGUGAGUCUACUUCCAGUGACAUGGCCUGAUCAGUCUAAUACUGUGUGUUGCCUGCUGACUUAUGGCAAGCCUGGGAAUUUCAUAUGGUUUCCACGAGCCAGUAAUAUUCUGAGUGGCUUUUCCAGUUCCUUUCUCUGAAAUAUUCCCUGGUAUUCAUUAGCUAUCUUCCACUCAAGUACUAGCCAAGACUGAGUCUGCCUGUCAUCUCUCAAGGUUUUGAUCCUGCUCCUGAGUAGGAGAUGGAAAAACCUGAGAUCAUCUCCAAUGCUGAUUUUAUACCAACUGUUUCCCAGUACCUUUGUGGGAAGCUGAUGAGCUUUACUUGAGCUUUCCCCACUCUGACUUUGGAAAGAUGUUCCCUCCGCGUUUCCUUGGAAAUCCAAAAGUGUAUCCACACACAAGUGCAUAAAAGAGUGUGGAUGAAGAUCUUUUUUUAAAAAAAAAGCUUUCCUUUUUAGUAGGUAAGCCUCACUAUCAUUACAGCAUCUUUUACAUGAAGACACCUUUCCUCAUGGCACCUUUCAGAAUACCUGAGAAGGUACAAAAACUGUGUAAGGACCUCAUCCUAUGGGUGUUGGGAAAGUGGACAGAACCAUCUUAUCCCAUUCUCUCCUGUCUUUCCCCAUCUUCUUGGAUGGUCAACCAUUUCACUUGCUUUCCACGUCAAUCCCUUUAUUUCCCCAUUUUUGCUGCUUGGAGUCGGGUAAUACCCAACUCCUGAAGACUGCUUCUAGCCUCCAUUUCCAUGCGCUGUGGAAACAGAGCCCCACAGAGUCCCACCAGAAGUGUCCUCGCAUCAUGUGAUGGCCUCCGUGGAGCUCCCGUGGGGCUCCAUUUCCAAAAUGCAUGGAAAUGGAGCCUAGAAGCUGUGGGAUGAAGUCCUUGUUGGAUUAUAGUUGUAUGUGUAUGAAAUGUAUGAAAUCAAGUGUUUCUGCUGUUUUGCAAGAGUGUGUGCUUCAGCAAUGAAACAGUUAAUAGCAGGCUGGUUUGACUGACAGCCUGUUGUGACUACUAUGACCUAUCAGGCAUGAUUUCCGGCCUUGGAGACUGGGAACUUCCUUCGGACUGAGGAAUGUGCUUCUUAUCUCUGAAUGAGUUGAGCUGGUGCUUGCCGAGGCAAGAGGCUAUAGAAGAAUGCCAGCUCAGAGCGAUGGCUUUUGAUGUGCUUUGUAAAUAUGUUUGUAGAUAUUAAAUAAAUGUUUGGACUUCAGACUACUGAUGUGUUUGAGUCUGACAUUUGAACAGAGGAAUUGAUGUGGCAGACGAUUGCAACCAAUUCAUCAGGGUGCAGGAGAAGAUGAUUGAUGGAGUCUGAAGAAACCCACCCAGCACGCACCCUGAGACCCCCACGCUGUCAGUCCUAAGUCAUAUUCACCCAAGGAACAUUAAAAAGAACAUUCCUAUCUCCUCACAAUAUAUGAGGAUGUUCAUGUCGGAAAAAGGAAGGGGACUAUGGAUUUUUUUGUCCAGCCUUGAACUAAACUUGAGUCCCCUGUUGGGUGAGAAGGGCGGGAUACAAAUAUUGUAAUAAAUAAAAUAAAUAAAUAAACAAGGCAGUUGUUGCAA